CUGCCGGAGCACGUGCAGGUGGAUGACCCCGCUGCCCAGAGGAAACUGGCCAAGAAGCUGGAGCGGCAGCAGGUACCUCUGAGGCAGGACUAUGGCACCAAAGUCAACCUGUUCUCCCACCUGCACCAGUACAGCAGGAAGAAGCCGUUGACACAGCAGAUGAGCAUCCCCUCCACGGUGAUCCACCCAGCAGUGGUGCGCCUUGGCCUCCAGUACUCCCAGGGCAUCAUCAACGGCUCCAAUGCCCGUUGCAUCGCGCUGCUGGAAGUCUUCAAACAGCUGAUCCGGGAUUACUCCACUCCCCCCAACGAGGAGCUGUCUCGGGACUUGGUGGCGAAGCUGAAGCCACAUAUCAGUUUCCUGAACCAGUGCCGGCCGCUCUCGGCCAGCAUGGGCAACGCCAUCAAGUUCCUCAAGAAGGAGAUCUCGUGCCUGCCUGACACCCUGCGAGAGGAGGAG